AUGGAAGAGAUCCAGUCGAUGCUGGCGAGGUCGGCCGAUGCGCUCUCCUCCGGCAACUUCAAGGAUGCCUACUUCUAUUACCUGGAUAUCAUCGACGCAGCUGCGAUCGAGCUCCGGAAAGUCAAGUUCAUUGCCAAUGGUACUGUCCUCGUGAUCAUCCUCACCCUUCCUCGCCCCUUUGCAGAGUGUCUCGACUCGACCCAGAACUCAUUCGACCCUGUCGCCUAUGCGCAGGAUAUCCUAUCUAAACACAAUGCUGCUAUAGCUGCUAUCACAGAACCCUCGGCCCUUCCUCGAAAGACAUCGCUUUCCAGGCACUCGGACAGGAUCACCUCAGGACAGACAAAGACAGUAACCAUGUUGACAGAGCAACUGCAGGCCACAGGCCCGGAUCUGAGCGGCACAGAGUCACAACAGUCGCCCUCGCCCGUCUCCUCUAGAAUCUCCUCCUUCUCCCGAUCUGGACCCACCAACAACUCUACUCUCAGUCCCGUCUCCCCGCCACUCAACCGUACAUCUCUACCAACCAUCCCACCAAAACCUACACGGCGGCCUCCUCCGCCAACAAUCUCGCCAACUCCACCCAGUAGGAGUCCGCUCUUGGGCUUUUCAGAGAAAGGGACUAUGCCGUCCUUAGGAGGCAACACCAGCCCCAAUCAUCUCCUCUACCAUGGAUCCGGAAGCAAUCAAACUACCCCAACAGCAGAGUACCCAACGCGACCACAAUCUAUGCCGCCCCAACACAUGGCCAUCGCUGGACUCAAUUCACCCCCUCAAUCUAAACCACCACUCCCGCCCAAACCGGCGCGUCUGUACAGGAAGCUUAACGACAUCAAAGUGGAGGAAAAUUCUAUGGACGAGGAUGACUCGGAUGAAGACGAUGACGAUGACGAUGACGAUGACGAUGACGAUGACGACCUAGAAGGUAAGAUCGGCUAUGCAGCUCACAGCAGCCAGAGCAGCGCCUUUAUCACCGUCAUUCCCGACGGCAGUGUCGACCCUACCAACUUGGUCGAGGCAGAGCGAAUCAACGGCGACAACGAGGACCAGUUGGCGCAAAAGACUUACGGACCCAGUGACCAUAUCCCCUUGAUCCCAGUAACACCUCUCAGGACAACCCAUCGUACCCUCGUCGAAAAGGAAAAGACUUGCUCCACCAAGCUCGCCGAGACUCGCCAGAAACUUCAGGAGAGGCCACUGCAAAUCCAGGGCAAUGACAAUGGCACCAAGUCGAAACGCGACUCGUCCGAGGACGAGGUCGACCUUCAGACUCUCCAGGAGAACCUUAACAAGUAUACCUCCAUGAUCGCCAAUGUCAUGGCCACCAUCACCAAAGUCCGGGAGCUCCUUUAUCGGUCAGCCAGUAUCACGUCCAUUCUCGAAUUCCCGGCAUAUCUUGUAGCUUACCAGCUCACGUUGGUUGAAUCCGCCAUCUUCCUGGAGAUUCCACCCGCCGCCCUAUUGACCCACUCGCCCAAAACACCCCACCGGACUAUCACUGCGUCGACCGACUUUUUCAACUACUUGACGCGCAUGAUUGAGUACUCGGUCUUGUUUCCUCCCGAGGCAUCCGGACGAGCGCAGUGCAUGCACUACUGGGUCAAGGUGGCCGUGAAGUUGCACGAGUUGGAGAACUUCCAGACCCUGAAGGCUGUUCUUUCUGCUCUGGGUACGCCACCAGUCAAGCGACUGAAGCGGACAUGGGGCUUUGUGCCGAGGAAGAGUAUGCACAAGCUGGAGACACUCUCGGAGCUGAUGAGCGAAACCAGGAAUUACGGGAAAUACCGCGAGAUGAUGUCCAGUCUUCAUGCAGGAACCAUGACUUCACCAUCGAUUGUAUCGCCAGUUAAUUCCGGUUCAGCCUCAGCACCACCGUCUGGGAAACACGACAUGCUCAGCUUGAACGGCGUCGGCAACAGUCUAUCGCAUCUCGGAUUCAGAGCCAAGGAGGCAGCACGGAGACCGAUGGUGCCGUUUUUGGGCACGUUUAUCAUGGACAUUACAUAUUUAUUGGCAGCCGUCAAGAAGACCAACAGCGCGACGCCACCCAUCUCGGACCAAAUUCCUGCAACGUCUAGUCUACGUGUCAAGCCUGCCUCAAGCUCACCUAUGGCCAGCAUCCAGUUUGCACCCGAGGAUGAUGUGCGGAUACAGGACCUCCUGAUGACUCUGACGGCCUACCAAUCUGGACCCAAGUAUUCGUCGCAGCCACCCCGGCCCUACAUCAAGGCUGCCACCAAAAGCCACCACCACUUCCGUGCGCCCUCGCUCUCGUCGGCGCUUCACCGGACGGCCAAAUACAGGACAUCAUCGGUCGACCGACAGAUUGGUGGCAACAUUACGCAUCAGUCCUCGUACGACGAAGAAGAGGAUGAUGUGUCGGGCAAUGGAAUCCGCCCAACGCAGCAAUUGAUUCUCCACUACCUUUUAACCCGACCCUGGGUGCCCGAGAGGAUGGUGGACGAGUUGAGUACGAUUCGUGAGCCCUCCAAGAACAAGAAUUCGUCAUCAGGAACAGCGUCGAGGACGAGUGCGAGCGGAUCAACCCACAGCUGGCCAGGAUUGACAGCCGGUCCUGGCAUGGCGGGAGGCGGGGCGGGAUCAAUGUACAGCCAGAUUUCGACCACGAGUACCAUCCAGCGAGGGAGUACCGGCAGCAAUAGUGGCGAUGGUGGCCAUAAUGGGAGUGGAGGUAGUUCCCGACCGACCAGCGUCGACGAAUGA